AUGGAGCCAACCAUCAACCUUCUAUGCGAUGGCUUCGCCUUUGCCAUCCCCGAGUCUACGGCAAAGAGAGAGUCUCCUGUGCUCUCAAAGGCCAUCGAAAACCUACCCGAGGGCCCAAUGCGCGUGAUACCAGUCACUGAAUUUGAUCUCGACGCCGUCAACUGUUUUGUCGAGUUCUUGAACACCAGACACUACGAGGUCAAUCAGAGCCUAUUCCCUAGUGUUACGGAGGCAGGAAUAGGCAAGCCACCUCAAACGGUACCCUUCACUCGCGACUUCUUAAUCCGACACGUCACAAUGAGCAAGAUUGGUCAACACUUCCAGGUACACAAACUCUCGGAACACGCAAGGGACCAGAUCGAGAUGAUCCUCCGACGACAGUGGAGCGACGGAGCCUUCUUGGGUGCUACCAACCUUGCCUUGACAAACGCCAAUGAUCAUGAGUUGCACAAAAUCUUAUGGUCUCAGGCUCGCAGUCAUUUGCACUCUUUGACAGCAACCUCCGAGUUCGAUCCAGCCACUUUUCUCCGAAGCUUUCAUAGCCGCCUACGAACCCGUACAGAGCCUGAGCCUGUCUCCGCCAGCUCUAUCGCUGUUGACUCCGUCGAAGUCGCAAAGCUCAAAGAAAGGAUUUCGCUCCUAGAGAAACAAGUCUCGGAUACUUGUAUCGAACGAGAUGAGCAUCAAAAGCGUGCCUCUAACCUAUGUGUCGAGCGCGACGAGCUCGAAUUUAAGCUCUCCGAAUUAUCUAGCAAACAAGACGAUUCCCGCCACCUAGAGGAAACAACUCAAAAGUUCAGGUCUCAGAUCUCGACCCUACAACAACAAGUCUCGGACCUAUUAAAGGAAAGAGAUGGUCUUUACACUUCUAUCGAGGCAGAAUCUCGGUCUCAACGAGAGGCAGAGAAUGACACCAAAGAAGCCCAAGAGCAGACCCGGAAUGCUCUGUCCAGUACCCAGACCGCCCUGGCAAGGUUUGAACAGGCUACAAAGCGGUUGGCGGAGGCCAAUGAGCGUUAUAAUGCAUCAGAGGCGGACCAUACAGCAAAGGCUCAGAUUGCACACACCAAGCUGAGCGAAGCAGAAAAGAGCCUCUCGACCUCUGAGACCGAAUUAAGGAUCACAAGCUCUGAGCGAAAUCUACUUCGAAAGCGGUGGAAAGAAGAGAAGGUCAAAUCGUCCAAUCUUGCGAAGGAAAUCGACGAGUUGAAACUAGUGAUCGAUCUCGAAAGAAGUGUCAAAGACACUGUCCCAACUACUGUACGGGACGAGCUAAAGCGGGCCCUCGAGGCUGAACAGGCCGAGGUCAAACGGCUCAACAACGAGCUAGAGAAAUCCCAACGUUCGGUCAACAAUGCGGCCACUAUCAAUGCGGCCACAUCCAUGUCUCAGGUCCAAAGGGACAGGCUUUACGAGUCCUUGGGGGCUGAAAAGAAUAAGGUUAUCAAUCUGACCAAAGAGAGAGACCAGGUAACUAGAGAAAAAGACAGAUUAUGGAAACAGCUAAACGACGAGGUCGAUGAAAAGCUGAGGGCCAUCGACAAGAUUGAGGCUUUGAUUGAGUGCCUUGAGGAGUAA